AUGUCCGCCCGCGCCUCCGGCGCCGACCCCACCCCCAACGGCGACGCCAAAAACCGCGCGCACCACGACGGCAGCUCCGGGCGGGCCUUCACAGUCGAGCAAAAGACGGCCGUGGUACGCAUCCGCAAGUGCGCGCCCACAGCCUUCUACGAGAUAUUAGGGCUUGAAGAGGUUAAAGCCACGUGCUCGGAUGGCGAGAUCAAGAAGGCGUAUCGGAAGUUGAGCUUGCUUACGCAUCCGGAUAAGAAUGGGUUUGAGGGCGCGGACGAGGCUUUUAAAAUGGUUUCAAGAGCCUUCCAAGUCCUUUCCGAUCCCGAUAAACGCAGCAAAUUCGACAAGUUUGGGGGCGAUCCUGAUAACCGCUUUGCAUCCUCCGCAUCGGCCGGCGAGUCGCCUUUCAGCGGGUUUGGGCGGUCAGGCGGCGGGUUUGGUUCGAGAGGAGGGCCGAUGUUCGAGGAGGAGAUAAGCCCUGAGGAGAUGUUUAGGCAAUUCUUCGGUGGAGGAAUGGGUGGAUUUGGUGGUGGACCGUUUGGCGGCGGCCUCUUCGACACCGGCCCCGGCUUCGUCUUCAACCUAAACGGCGGCCCCGGAAUCCGGGUCCACCAGUUCGGCGGCGGCCGCCCAAGGCGUCGCCCUGACCCGUCGCAACCCCAACAACCCCCGACCGCAACCUCGGCCCUAACCUCGCUCCUCCCUCUCCUCCUCCUCUUCAUCCUCCCCCUCCUCUCCUCCCUCUUCUCCGGCUCCAGCAGUCCCACCGGCCCCUCCGUGCGCUUCGACAGCCCCUCCCCGCCCUACACGCAGCAGCGGCUGAGCGGGCGGCUGAAAGUGCCCUACUAUGUAAAUCCCGCCGAGGUGGAGGAUUUCGGGAACAAGCGGUGGAGGGAGCUGGAUAAGGUUGCUGAGGUGCGCUAUGUGCAGAAGCUGGAUGGGGAGUGUGAGCGUGAGCAGCAGGCGCGCAUGAGGUUGAUGCAGGAUGCGCAAGGGUGGUUUUAUGUGGAUCAGGAACGUAUGGAACGCGCGAGGAGGAUGGAUAUGAGGAGUUGCAGAAGGUUGGGGGAGUUGGGGUAUCAGCGGUGA